AUGGAUGCCCUUGUGAAGACGACUAAAAAAGUGAUGGUGUUAGAUACAAAACUUCAACAGUCUGAGAAACGGGUCCAUGAUUUGUUAUCAGAGAAGGCAGCAGUACGAACUUGUGUUACUGAUGUUACCAAUCUGCUCUCUGAUAUCAUUGAGACCAGGGACUUAAUGAUCUCCAUUACGGUUCGAAAACACCUUGCUGAGAGAGCCGAUAUUAAUGACAACGAAGAUGAAGAGCCUGAUGAAACUGAACUUAAAAGGUGGAAGGCUCAUGACGCUGAAAUUAAUGAAACUCAGAGAAUCAUCAAAGAGGCUGAAGAAAAAGAAAAGGCUGAAAGGGAAGCUCACGCCACUCUCAAGAGCAGAAUGUUAUUAUUUCCGAAGUGGACCUUGAAGAAUUUAGCAUGA